AUGGCUCAAGUUAUUAAGAUAACGCCGAAAAACAUCGCGAGACCGUUGAACGAGAACACCAUGUGGACGUUGUUGUUGUUGCUCAGCGCGUUAGGAUGCGCUCACAGCUUCGACCCUAGGAUUAUAGGCGGUAGCAGCGCGAGCAUUCAAGAGUAUCCGUAUCAGGUGUCUAUUCACUACUACGGCGAGCUGUCAUGCGGGGGCUCCAUAAUCAGCGAAAGCUGGGUGCUAACGGCGGCGCAUUGUGUCUACGGACUGAGUCCCAGCCGCAUCCAAAUUCGUCUGCACAGCACUUACAAUAACGCGGGCGGCGUGCUGAUCGAUGGUAUCAAGAGGAUUACCUGGCACAACAAAUACAACCCGCAUACGUACGACAACGACGCAGCGUUAAUUAUGUUACCGAACCCCAUAAUCAUAAACGUGACCGCGAAGCCAAUCAGACUGGCGGAAUCCUCGAUCACCGUUCCCGCUGGAAAAACCGCGGUGGUGACAGGAUGGGGCCGUUUGACGGCAAACGGCGGGAUGUCGCCUAGCUUGCAAAGUUUGAACGUGCCCAUCGUCGAUACGAACCAAUGCAAGAAGAUCUUCUCCAACAUCGGUCAUGUUGUCACUGAAAACAUGAUCUGCGCGGGAAUUUUGUCUGGUGGCUACGACACCUGUCAGGGAGAUUCCGGAGGUCCACUGGUGUACAACGGCGUUCAAAUUGGCAUCGUAUCCUGGGGCUACCAAUGCGCGACUCCUCAAUAUCCUGGAGUGUACACGCGAGUGUCCGCCAUACGAAGUUGGAUAAUGAACACGGCGAAGCUGUAGAAUUAAUGUCUCACUGUGUACACUAUAUUACCGGAAGAUUUAUUUUUCUUCACGCUCAAAAGGGGCGUGUCGCACCGGCUGUAACGAAAAUGAACGUGCACUUCUUCCUCGUUUAUAAAUCCUUCUAUCAGAUUCUUCUUCGUGCAACACUCU